GGAGAAUAUCCGCCCUCCUGCUUCCCCCGCCGCCUGAGGGCGUCCUUCCUGUUCAGGAAACCUAGGCUCUCUGUUCUCUCAGGCCUCUCGUGCCCUCAGGCAGCGCUGUGGCUUGGGGUUCGGUUCGGUGUCGCGCCUUUGGAGGAGGGACAAAAACGAAGAUGGAUAUUCAGACAUGGUAUUUGAAAACGUCAAAGCUGGCAGUGGCAUUGGCAAUUAUCCAUUCAAAACCAGCGGACAGAAGCAUCAGAGAAUACACUGAGCACCUUGCCACCCUGGUGACCCAGCAGGACAACAAAUGGAAAUCAAAAGUUGAAGCUUUAGAAGCUGAAGUUCUACAAUUACGUCAAAAACUUCUCCUCAGUAGAAUUUCCUCAGAAUUGCUUAAGAAUGAACAUGGUGUGCUCCCUCUGUUGCCAGAUCAGGAACCUACAAGUUCUGAAAAUUCAUUGACUUUGAUGGAUGAUUCUGGAUGCAUCUUAUCAAAUGAACAGAGAAGUGAACCUACUCCAUUGUCCCAGCAUUUUGUGGAGAGCUGCAGUCCCCCACUCCUUCUGCCACUGCCUCUCGAGAAAAAGCCAUGCUCUACCCUGGAAAAUCCCCCGUCUUCUCACCUGCAGUUCUUGCAACACCUGCUUGAAAUGAAGAAACUGGCCGAAUCCAGUAGUCUGAAAAUAUACUUAACCCACUUUGAAAAAGACUCUUCCACAGUGUCCGAUUCUGUUUCACAGCUGUUAGAUGGCCUGAUCACGUUUUACCGAAACCCCAGACUCCCCUUCUCAAGCUUUUGGACAGAAGCAGUUGGUACAUUAGCCAGAGUGGUGGGUGAUUUUAAUUUAUCUAAUCAUAUUCUUAAAAAAUGUUCCAAGAAGUUGGAAGAAUUUCAGAAAACUCUACUCCAGGCUAUUUUAGGGAACAGCAAUAUAAACCGGUUUCAGGUGCAGCAUUAUGUCUCUCAGAGUCUUGUGACCUUAGGAAGUUGCAGCUUGCUGAGGAAGUCCGUUAUACUGCUACUGCUAUCAGAAGUGAACAGCUUUGUGGAUGACCUGGGAGCCAUCGAGCAGUCUUGUUCAGUGGAAAGCAUGGUACACCAUCUAGUCAGCAGCUGUUUGACUCUGAAAGAUGAGUUUAUAAAGUCACUGCCACAGAUCCAAAGGAGAAAAUGUAAGACCAUGGUGAAAAAGAACAAAAUAUUGAAACAAAUUCAUACUGAUGUUUGUACAAGUUCCAAGGUCAAAGAACUGGUCAUAGUAGUUUACAAGCUCAAAGUACUUCUUGUCAAAGAAACAACUUUAAAAAAUGAUUUGAGUGGUAUCAACAGAGGCUAG